CUCGGCCGAUGUCUUCGGGACGACGAUCGCGUCACAGACGGGACGCGAGACGGAGCCACGCGAAUGCCGCACGCUACUGAAUCUUCUUUUCCACCGGGCGAAUUAUUCUGGACCGGCAUGAAGCCCGUGAAAACCAAAAUGGCCCCCACAGGGAUGCCCUCGGUCACCGGUGUCCUGCAACCACCCGCGGGUUCGACGCUGACAGGGUCCACGAUGUCGAACCACAAGAAAAGUUGGUGGAGGAGAGUGGCUCCCUGCCUGGCCUUUCUUGCGGCUUUUUCUACCGCCAUGGCCUUGCUUCUUGUUUGGAGCGAGGCUGCUGCCUUGAGGAGGCAAGCGUUCGACGCUAAUAUGACCAGGGACUACGUGUUGAACAGCGUCUCGAUGGACAAUCCCGAAUUGGUCGCGUACAUUAGGGAGGUCCAAUUGAAACCCACCACUCAACAAGAUCCGUUGAACGCGACCCAGACCUCGGAAGAGAGAUACGUGUCGAGCCUGACGGAAGGAAAACGCGAGGGUGUCUACGUAGAAUACAUUAGCAGGAUAGGCGCCGUUUCUAGCACGGGCUGGUUAGAGCGUAAUUCGAGCUGGAGAGGCGUAUUGAUACUGACCGAUCCCAGAAGCUUCUUCGAAGCUCACAGGAGCACCAGGAAUCCAAAAACUAAAGUACUCCAUGCUUGCCUUAGCACCGAUAAGGAUACCAAAGAGAUUACUUAUCAUCAGGAAUCCGAGGUUCAAGUUACCAAAUUAGGGGAGGGUCCGAAUAGUCUCGUCUCGUCGGACGACGGUCUGCCGACUACACGAUUGAAGUGUUUCCCCUUGUACAGUGUUUUGUUGGCUUAUGGCACCACAACGUUGGAUUACUUGAGUCUGGACAGUCCGGAUGCCCAAGACGGACAGGUGCUCGACACGAUUCCGUGGGAAACGACGAGAAUAUCCGUCCUAUCCAUUCGGUGGAGCUCUCACCACAGCGAGAUGGAGACGAAAGGUCUGAUCGACAAGAUGGCCAGCAGAAGAUACAAGCUGAUGUAUACGACGGACACCGGGAAAUUGAUCUUUUUAUAUAACGCGUUGCUAAAGAUUUGAACGUUGACACGAGAUACUUUCGAUACUGAACUGUUCUACGUUCCCCGCGGUUUUCAGCGAAUCGGAACAUACCGCGAUGAGAAAUAGUUUUUCGUCGAGCAAAUUAAAGCGAGUUCGUCGGGUCGUCCAUUCAACGAAACACGAUCGCGACACCCGCGACCAUGUUUUCGUCGUCGGAUGUACACGGACACCGUCGAACGUGGCUUUAAUUUCCCGUAGAAACAUGUUUCUUUUUCGCGUGUGCGCGUGAUCGCAGAACUGGUCAUGUUUUUCGUAAAUCAAGACAUGUUUCGUUUCGUUUCGUUUCGUUUCGUUUCACAAUUGUACGGCUAGUCGAAACGUCAUCGACGAUCUAGAAAUACGAAAUAAUUUCAUCUUCUUUUAAUUCGCUAUCGAUUUAACAGGCACACGACAAAGACUGAGAGUUAUUUUUCAGAGCGUUCGCUCGAUCAUAUUUAACGAUAGGCACUCGUACUUGGGAGUCCUUCGCGGCGACUUUUCGCGCCGAUGCGUACCGAAAGAUCGAUUAUCGAUCUCCUUCCUUGCGCGCGUCUUGCGGAAGUGAACAAAAAACAGAAAGAGAGAAGACGAAAAAAGCGUAUUUAGUUUCGCGUUCGUAUUUUAACGUAGGUUCGUUUUAAUUUAAAUGGUUAAGCCAAUGUAGACUAACGCAUCGAGACUUUUUUUUUUUUUACCAAUGAUGUUAACUUUUAUUUGUCAAAGAACGAUAGCCUCGCGGUACGGAGUACCAUCUAAUAAAAUGAUUCCAUACGUGAACAAGGCGAGCGCUGUCGCAGUGAUAAUCGACGAGUUACUCUGAUUACCUAUAGCAACGGGCCUUACUAGCACGUAAGUCGAUACUUGGCUAAGAUAUUAUAUAAUACCGUGAAUCCGGUUUACUUUCUUCGUUAAGGCACGUUCUCGCGUGUAUUCGCUCAAAGAUUUUUUUAAACCCAAGUUAACCACCGUAAAAUAAUAAUAGAGAUACGCUACGAAUAGACGCGGUGCCGCCCGAUUGUGCCGUAUCGUUGUAACUCGCAUACGCAGGAACGUGUCUUUACAAGGAUUCGGUCCAUCCAUCCUUGAUUACGAUGAUAUAUGCGUUUUGUUUGUCGUAUCUUGUCCCAUCAUUUUCUCUUGUUUUAGUUCAGGUGACGGUGAUCUGGUUCAAAGUUUCGCGAUUCCAGUCACAUCUACUUCCCCCCGAAUUCAAAACAAGUCCAACGAUGGUACUUUCAUUUAUUACUCGUUGACGACAAUCUUUGGUACUCUUUGUUCAACGGUUGGCUUACCUAUACCAUUUGUGGGCGGUCCGUCCGGUGUCACCUUCGUUUCUUCGUUCUGGCGUUACGAUUAUCGUUGAUUCCGAUUCGAAUUAAGCGAUGCUUAAUUACUCUCUCUCCGCGAUGAAAUUUGCACAGGGAAGAUCGCGACCGUGUUGACGAGUGCACGGUCAGAGGUUCGUCGACCACCGACCUUCGAUCGUUCCAUUUAAACGGUACGUGUCCUAUUCUUCUUUUCUUAUACCCUGGCGUUGCGUGAAAUAUUUGUACGACUCAUUUGGAGAGAGUCGAACGAAUUCUUUUGGAGAAUAAACAAUAAAUAAUAUUUUGGA